AUGCUAGAUGGACGGGUAGACGUGAGAGAUCUUGGUAAAGAGGAGAGGGUAGGAGGCGGAGGCGUGGGCAAGGAUGCAGAUUCUUGUGGCUGUUGCGGUAGAAUUGAUUCGCUGAAGAAUUGUGACGAAGUCGUCGCGAACGAAUUUGACGGAGACGAAGAGUCUGAAGGAGCGGCAGAGGAGGAGGAGGAGGAGGGGGAGGAGGAGGAGGAGGGUGAUGAGGAGGAGGAGGAGGGUGAUGAGGAGGAAAAGACUCUUUCGACGAAGGUAGAAGAGGCCGCAGCGCCGGAUGCUGUCGUCGAAAGGUGGUCGUCUUGA